UCCAGCUCUGUUGUAAAAGAUGAUGCUACCAACUCAAUGCAGGGAGGGCAAUGGUUGUUUUCGUGUUACGCUCCACUGCUUAGAAAAUUUACAAAAGCUGCUUUCAACAACAAUGAGGAAAAUCUCCCCAAUUUGGUAGACUACAGUCCCGAAGAACUUCGUUGGGAAGCAAUAAGCAGCAACAUGAAAGGACAGUUUCAUGAUUAUACUACCAAGCUACAACUGCUUUCACAAAGUUAUCAUACAAUUCAGCGAGCUUUGCAAAAUCUUGAUCAAGCCACUUCAAACUUUAUUGUCCAAUAUGAACGUGGGGAAAAUGUUAGUCCAGCAGGCACAGCUUUAGCAAGUUUUGUACCAUCUCUCUCUGCAAAUAACAUCAAUGCAACUUCCAGUCCGUCUCAGUUUAGCUUCGCUCUGCCUUCCACCCAGCCUCACCAAGGUGUUGUUGCUCCCUUCAAAUUUCAGUUACCUUCACAACAGCCUGCUGCUGCUGCACCUUUCAGCUUUAAGUUGCCUUCUCAACAACCUGCUGCACCAGUAGCAGCACCUUUCACUUUUCAACCAGCUCAACAACAAGCUCAACAGUCUGCUGCUGCACCAUCUUUCAGCUUUAAAUUACCUUCUCAGCUUCCCAUUCAAUCUGCAGUAAACUAUUCUUUCAACAUCCAUGCAAUUUCUCAUGUUGCUGAAAAUUCGUCCUACGGCCCUCAGUUAAGUCAGACUAACAUACAACAAUUCAAAGCUGACAAAUUUUCGUUUGGAAAAAUUCCACGCAUUCCGCCAUCAAAAGAAUUUCGUUAAAAAUUGUUAACACAGUUCUGUUGUUGUGAUUUAGCCGUUUAAGUAUGUAAAGGUAUUACAAAAUUAUUGGAAAUUCAAAUAAAAUCUAAUUUCUCAGUCGCUUUAGUUUUACGAUUUACACUGUAAUUUAUCGCCGAGGUUGUAUUCCGUUGCUCAGGAAUUUAUUCAUUUUUAUUUUUAUUUUUUUUUUUUUCUGUUUGUUAGCGAGACUUUGGUUGCCAAACCCAAGGUUUAACUUGAAAAUACGAUUAUGACGGGAUUGUACUUUUGACAGAAGCAGACGAACAACAUUCAGUUAUUUAGUUCAACGAUCUGACAUUUAGAAUCACUUCUGUCAUGUUACAACGUAUUUUUAGUGUUUUUUGUUCGAGAGAAUAUUACGAUAUCGAUGGAAAGCGAUAUUUUGUGCGUGAACUUAUUGGCCAAGGUGGUUUCAGCACAGUUGACCUGGUAAGCGAGGCUUCCAGUGAUCGCCUUUACGCCUUAAAAAAAAUUCGAUGUCACAGCACCGAAGAUGAACAAGCUGCAGAACAAGAAAUCCGAUACCACAAGCAAAUCAACCAUCCCUCAGUUAUUGAGUGUCUUGCUUUCAGAACAGUUGGAAGUGCUGAUAUUUCAAGCAAUCAAACUAGUUUAGUCCUACUCCUAUUACCAUUUUACAAGUAUGGAUCAUUGCAAACAUUACUAGAAAAGAGAUUAUUAAAGAAAGAGCCAUUAUCUGACAAGCUCAUUCUCAACUAUUUUCAACAAAUUUGUGAAGGAUUAGCUGCUAUACACGUUAUUGGAGUAGCACAUAGAGAUCUAAAACCCGCGAAUGUUUUACUUGCCCCUAACGACCGCGUAGUCAUUAUGGACCUUGGUUCUGCUGCUCCUGCUACCGUGGAGAUAACCAGCUACAACGCCGCUCAGAGACUCCAAGAUGAUGCAGCAGAACGUUGUUCCAUGACUUAUCGCGCACCAGAACUUUUUAACAUCCAAAGUCCGUCUACCAUCGAUGAGCGUACUGAUAUCUGGUCUUUGGGGUGCCUGCUAUAUGCCCUCUGCUACUAUAAAUCGCCUUUUGAUGAGGUAUUUGAACGAGGAGAUAGCGUUGCUUUGGCUGCCUCCAGUGGAAUUAAUCAUUUUCCAAAUUCCACUACCCCAGGAGUCAAUUCGUCGGUAAACGACUUAAUUUCCACUAUGCUCGUUGUUGAUCCCAAAGAAAGACCUUUCAUUGCUGAUGUUCUCAGUUCAAUAGAAGCUCUCAAGGGGUUGUUGUAGGCUAUAAAACUCUAACCAAUAACAAAUCAAUAUAAUAAAUGCCAAAAAUGAAGAACAGU